GAUGUUUUCCUCCGUCGGCUCUUUAAAGCUCAUGUGGUGUGUGUUCGCUCUCAGUCCGGGUCUGAUCCUGCUCUGGUCUCCGACACAACCCGCUCUUCAUCCUCUUCAUCCUCUUCAUCCUCUUCUUCAUUCACAUCCUGCUUUUCCGACACCUGCGCACAUUUCAAACAAACAGACGACCCUGUUUCUGCGGACACUUGCUGACGAUGGAAAAGUACGAAAAGAUUGGGAAGAUCGGAGAGGGCUCCUACGGCGUCGUCUUUAAGUGCAGGAACAAAGACACGGGGCAGAUCGUCGCCAUCAAAAAGUUUGUGGAGUCUGAGGACGACCCCAUCAUCAAGAAGAUCGCACUGAGGGAGAUCAGGAUGCUCAAGCAACUGAAACACGCCAACCUGGUGAAUCUGAUCGAGGUGUUUCGGCGUAAACGGAAGCUUCACCUGGUGUUCGAGUACUGCGACCACACGGUGCUGAAUGAGCUGGACCGACAUCCCAGAGGAGUACCAGAACACCUCGUCAAAAGCAUAACAUGGCAGACGCUCCAGGCGGUCAACUUCUGUCACAAACAGAACUGUAUUCACAGAGACGUCAAACCAGAGAAUAUCCUCAUUACCAAACACCAAGUCAUCAAACUGUGUGACUUUGGGUUUGCCAGGAUUCUUACUGGACCAUGUGACUACUACACAGACUACGUGGCGACCCGCUGGUACCGGGCCCCGGAGCUGCUGGUGGGGGACACGCAGUACGGACCCCCGGUGGACGUGUGGGCAAUCGGCUGUGUGUUCGCCGAGCUGCUAUCAGGGAUCCCUUUGUGGCCCGGGAAGUCAGACAUGGACCAGCUGUACCUGAUCAGGAAGACUCUGGGAGAUCUGAUCCCUCGACAUCAACAGGUUUUCAGCAACAACCAGUUCUUCAGCGGCGUUUCGAUCCCAGAGCCACAAGAGAUGGAGCCUUUGGAACAGAAAUAUCCAAAUCUGUCUCAUCAAGCUCUGAGUUUAAUGAAGGGUUGUCUGAGGAUGGACCCCUCCGAGCGUCUCACCUGUGAACAGCUGCUCCUGCAUCCAUACUUCGACAGCCUGCGGGAAAAGAGCGAGAGCAGCUCUCGAGAGCAGGAACGUUCCAGCAACAAGAGAACACGUUUACCUCGUAAACACCUCCCUCCUGGGUAUUUGCCUCAGCUGACCGGCAGCAGCAUCUUUCCAGCUCUGGACAAUAAAAAAUACUACAACAACCUGCGCAAGUUCAACUAUCACCUCCCAAACAUCUAACCUCGCCGCUCUAGGCCUGAAUAAAACAAUACAGCAGGAAACGACAACACCUCCGAUAACAUUUAGAAAAAAAAAACACUCAAAAGGAUUCAACCACUUUUUAAAGUUUUUAUUUUCCUCUUUAUAUCAACAUCAGUCUAUGCACUAUCCCCAGCACGUCGACACAAACAUGUUGACUGUUGGUUCAUGUGUGUUGCCUACAUUUCAAGCUGAUAUAGUUGUGUUUUGUGUAGAUGUGUAAAGACAGAGAGCGGUCCACCGCUCUGCUUGUAGACAGUGAGUUGACCGAAGGUAAAAUGAAAUGCCUUGAUUGGUUUGCCAAAUGUGUUUUUAUAUAACGAUGGAAGAAUGUUUUGGUAGCAACUUUACUGUUGUUCCGAGUAAGCUAUAAUGUAGGGCAAACUUUUUGUGACAAUAUGACUUAUAAAAAUAAUAUUUAUUGACGACAGGAGUGAAUUCCGUUCCUUUACUAACAUAUAGCUCUUUAAGACACCAUGUUAUACUUGUACUAUCUCUGGAACUUGGUGCUAAGGAUGUUCAGCCAUCUGUAUGUCCUCAGAUAUUGUACAAAUGCCAAAUUAAUCUAAGGAGAAAAGACACUUUUAUCUUGAUUUUCACCUACUGUUUUCUGUCUGUACCUACGUAUGAAGUAACCUUUAGUAUGUUACAUACUGAGACUUAAAUAAACUAAAGAUUUGUUCAUU